AUGUAUUUCCUCAAAAAGUUCUCAUUCAUUAUGAUUCUUCUCUUCUGAAUGUAUAUAACCAAUUUUGGAAGUAACACCUCUGGAGAAUAUCUUACGAGCAAUGAUGAGAUAACAGGAUUUGAGGAAUUCUCUAUCGCAAACAUAAAUGGACUAGAAACUAUGGCAAGGUUUGAGAUAGAAAAGCAAAACGGAAUGGACCAAGUCGAAAGUUCAAAGUUCUUGACUUGCUCUAUUGAUGUUCUUGCCUGCUGUAUUUUUCUAGGCAUUAUUACCUUAAGAGCAAGAAUGAGAAUUUUUGCAAGAGAUUACACUGUGAAACUGGCAAAUAUCAGCACAGAUUACAAUGGAGAUCUUGAAAAAGAAAUCAAAAAGGUCUUUGAUAACAAAUUUGGAAAAGUUCAUGAAGUGGCCAUCAUUAAAGAUACUGGUGAUAUCCUCAAAAACCAAAUCAAACUUUCUAAGAUCAGCAGAAAGGUGGGGGAUCUUAAAGCUCGUAAUUUGAUUCUCGGAGUGAAAGGAUCAUCUAAACUAACUAGAUUUACAAAUAUAGAAGCAAAACAGAAAGCUAAAUUAGAAAGACUGGUAUUAAACAGCAGUACUGCUGCUAAUAAAGAGGUCUAUGUAACCUUCGAGUUGCCAGAGCAUAAGAAAAAGUGAAUAGAAGAUACCAUAGAGAUAGGCGAGUUCAUCACAAAAGUGAGAGGCCCUUCCAAGAAACGAUUUAUAGUCCAUAAAGGACUAGAUAAUCCUAAUCAGAAGAUUUAUGAGAAUGCCAGUUACCCAAAUGUUUGGAAGAUCAUCAAAUUAUUAAUCAUCACAAGUUUAUUCACAGGUACAUGAGCAGUCUUAGUAGGGUUGCUAGCAUCAGAGAUCAACUCUAAUUAUAAAUAUCUCAAGAACCACAUGCAAUGAAUGGCUUAUGAAGCAGACGACUAUACUUCCACCCAGCUGGCAACAUCUUCAGAAGAAAUCUUGACAUGUGUCUGAUUUCUAAAGGGAGAUGCAGUGAAUUCAGAUGCUGAGAUGAAGAAACUAUGCAGCAAAUAUCAGGAUACAAAAUCUGAGACUAUUAGCUUAUCAAUUAUCAUGGGCAUCCUUUUGACUUUGCUAAAUUUGGCAGUUAAACAUGGAUAUAAUUCUUUUAAAAAUAUAUACCGAUUCGGAAGCUUAAGAACAAGAAAUUGAGUACUUUUCUUCCAAAUAUACCUAAGUAUUGUAAUCCUUAACUUGAUAGUGCCUUUAGUGGUCUUUGCAGACCAGUUUAAAGAGCCUACAAGAGAUUAUUACCUUGCCAUUUCUCCAAUGUAUUCUCUCUGGAUCAUUUUUACAGUGGGACUUUUACCACUUGAGAAAUUCUCUUAUUGGUUACGGGUGAUACUGAAGAGAAAAAUGACAAGAAAGUCUUGAAUCAUACAAAGAGAACUUGAAGAAAACAUGAGAAGGAAAGAAUUAGGAUACCACCACAAGAUCCCAUAUCUCUUGGGAAUACUUACAGUUGUUAUGUACUUAGUUCCAGGCCUUCCCUUCUUGCUCAUGGUGUUUUCAAUUUUUGUUCUAAUAUACUUUUGGGUUGAAAAGCUGCUUAUCUUGAAAUUCUAUCGCAAGCCAAGAAAUUUGGAUGGAACUCAGCUUGAAAUCGUGGAUUAUAUGGUGGUUCUGAUCUUACUUCUUCAUAUCUUCUCUUGCAUUUCAACUUUUGGAACUACAGAUAUUUUCCCAGAAGAUACCAAAAGAGUGCAAGGAACUAGAAAAGGAUUCUCAACAAGUUAUUAUGAACCCUCUGAGAAGGGAUUCUUUGAGAAACUUGGAGUAAUUAUUAAUAUUCCUUAUGUAAUUAUGCUUUCAUUGAUUCUAUUAUUUUUAGUCCUAUGUUUCCUCUGUAGAAACAAAAUAUGGUGGAGAAAAUUCAAAUUUUUCUCAAUGAGUUUCAGAUAUAAGUACAAAUAUAUUCCUUCAACUUUCAGCAAGGCAAAGAACCUGGUUAUCAUUGGUGAGACUUCUUACAAUAUGGCUGAUAUCGAACGGUACAGGCAAGUAUUUGCAACUUUUGAUCUCAGUAACAUCAAUGAUGAUGCCUUUAAGUCAAGUUACAGUCAGUUAUUCCAAACAAGCAAUGGACCUGUGGAUACUCUCUCAAAACUGAAUCUCCAUAGCUCUCCAGAUAAGAUAAAUGACUCCUUUAACAAAUCUAAUCUCUCUGGAUUGUCUGCAAUGAACGAUCCUCAGAAGAUGGUUGAUAACUUAAAAAACAGGGAUCUCAUGAUAAGAAAAGACAGAAAACCUAAAGAUCCUAAAGUCCAAGUUGUGAAAGAAGGCAAGAAAUUUGAUAGGAAGAAAACUUUUAUUAAAAACUGGGAGUUCGAUGAGGAGAAUAAGAACGAUCAAGGUGCAGAAGUGUCUGGGAGUUUUGGAAAGUCAGAAAAUGAAGAGGAGAAAGCAGCCAAAAGUAUGAAUACAAUGGCAGAUAAGAUACUCAACCUCAAAAAGCAACUUCAUGUUAAUUCUGUGUUUAAGAGGAGUGAAGACGAUUAA